CUUUCCCUGUAAUGCAAACCAAACAUACCCUAACAAAAACAACUAAUUUGUUCAUGUAUGCCACAACAACUAAUUUGUUCAUGUAUGCAACAACAACGAACCCUUUUCGCGUACAUUCUCUAGUUCCCUUCACUCUACACCAGUAGCUAGCUACCUCAUUUCUGCAUAUUUUUGGCUACAAAAACUCUUCCAUUUUUGGCCAAGGAUGAAGAAGUCAUUGGUUUGGCCUCUCAUAACGAGACGAGGAUUCAGUUCCAGCUCUGAGAAAAUGGUUGCCUCCGUGCUGUUUGAGAGAUUGCCCGUGGUCAUUCCCAAAAUUGACCCUGUUGUUUAUGCAUUUCAAGAAUUCUCGUUUCGUUGGCGACAACAAUAUCAACGUAGAUAUCCUGAUGAAUUUCUAGACAGAUCCGAUGCAAGGGGGAAAGGUGAUUAUCAAAUUGACUAUGUGCCAGCACCACGAACCACUGAAGCAGACAAAAACAAUGAUCUAAGGUCACUGCAAAGAGCUCUUGACAAGAGACUCUACCUUCUUCUUUACGGAAAUGCUUAUGGGGCUCCAAGCGGAAAGCCUGUGUGGCAUUUUCCAGAGAAAGUAUAUGAAUCAGAGGAAACCAUGCGUAAGUGUGCAGAAUCUGCAUUGGAAUCAGUCUUAGGAGAUCUUUCCAAUACAUAUUUUGUCGGAAAUGCCCCAAUGGCCCAUAUGGUUGUUCCGCCUAAAGAAGAGCAGUCAGGAUCCGCACCUUUCAAGAAAUUUUUCUUCAAGUCACAAGUAAUCGCAAAAAACAAGUUCGACAUUGGAAAAUGCGAGGAAUAUGUUUGGGUGACGAAGAAUGAAUUAAUGAAGUAUUUUCCUGAGCAAGCUGAGUUUUUUAACAAAAUGAUCAUUAGCUGAUGACAAUGGAGACAGUUGUUUGAUUAAAUUAUUACCAGUUAGUUCAUUGAAAGAAGAUGAAUGUAACAGUUUCUGGGAUCAACAAAUGGUUUUGAAUUAAAAUUGGAUUUUACAACUCAGUUUUAAGACCAUUUUUUAGAAACUUAUUUCUACUGUCAUGGGUAUUUUUUAGUAGUUUGUGCUGUAAUAUUAAGUUGUUGCCAUGGUGAUUAUAAUGUUGAGAAUAUGUUGGCAAAUGGAUAUCUUAUUAGUUCAACUAAUAAUCUUGUUCUGGUGUCUCAAAUACCA